UUUUCUCAUCAACCAACUUAACUGUCGCAACGAAUAUGACGGCUCCACUAGGCAAUCUAUUUCGCAUCGACCCAAAGAAAAGUUUCAAAGCUUACGUAGAAACGUGUGCUUCUGUUUUGAAAACUUUGUCCCGCCAAGGCUCGGUCGCCGAAGGAAUUGUCCUUCAUGGGAAUUUCAUCAAAAUGGGUGUUUCAUCAGAGAGAUGUAUAGCAAUUAAGCUGCUGAUAAUGUACCUAAAUGAAAGAAAAUCUAUGGAAGUUGAUCAAAUCCUAAAGGGGUUUAAUGGUUUCGAUCUUGUCGUGUCUAAUUGCUUGAUGUCCGCCAAUGUGAAAUGGGGAAAUCUGGAUGAUGCGCGCCGCCUGUUCGAUGAAAUGCCUGUGAGAAACGAGGUCUCGUGGACUGUGCUGAUUUCAGGUUUCAUGAAAUACGGAAGAGUGGGAGAGUCUAUGUGGUACUUCGAGAGGAACCCUUUUCAGAAUGUGGUUUCUUGGACUGCAGCAAUUACCGGGUUUGUGCAAAAUGGUUUGAAUUAUGAAGCGCUGAAGCUUUUUUUGAAGCUACUUGAAUCUGGGGUCGUGCCCAAUGAAGUUACCUUUACUGCUGUUGUCAGAGCUUGUGCAAAACUGGGUGAUUUUGAAGUUGGGAUGAGUGUCUUGGGUUUGAUUAUUAAAUUUGGCUUUGAGCACAAUUUAUCGAUUUCUAAUUCUUUCAUUACAUUUAACCUGAGGAUGGGUGAAAUUGAUUUGGCUAGGAGAACAUUUGAUAAUAUGGGAAAUAGAGAUGUUGUUUCUUGGACUGCAAUCCUAGAUAUGCAUGUUGCGACAGGGAACUUGAAAGAAGCUCGUCGAAUCUUUGAUGAGAUACCCGAAAGAAAUGAAAUUACUUGGAGUGCUAUGAUUUCAAGGUACUGUCAAAGUGGUUAUGCUGAAGAGGCAGUGAAGCUUUUCUGUCUCAUGAUUCAAGAUGGGAUUAAGCCAAAUAUCUCUUGUUUCUCUAGUCUUCUUAGUGCAUUGGCUAGCCUUAGAGCUUUGCGACAAGGUAUGAGUAUCCAUGGUCGUGUUAUGAAAAUUGGAUUUGAGAGAGAUGUCUUUGUUGGGAGCUCUCUGAUUGAUUUGUACUGUAAAUGUGGAAAAACAGGAGAUGGACGCCUGGUGUUUGACUUUAUUUUGGAGAAGAAUGUUGUUCUAUGGAAUUCUAUGGUUAGUGGAUACAGUCUGAAUGGCCAAUUAGCAGAAGCUAGGGAGUUAUUUGAACAGAUACCCAAGAGAAAUAAUGUCUCUUGGAACACUAUCAUUGCCGGUUAUGUAGAAAAUGAACAACAUGACGAAGUUCUUGAAGUAUUCCAUGAGAUGCUCUUGUCAGGAGAAACACCAAAUAAAUCCACUUUCUCAAGCGUCCUUUGUGCUUGUGCAAGCAUAGCCUCAUUAGAGAGAGGCAAAAUCCUCCAUGCUAAAAUUAUUAAACAUCAGAUUCAAUGUGAUGUCUUUGUAGGCACUGCACUUGCUGAUAUGUAUGCAAAAUCUGGGGAUAUUGAGAGCUCUACACGAAUUUUCAGUAGAAUGCCAGAGAAGAAUGAGAUCUCUUGGACCGUGAUGAUUCAGGGGCUUGCAGAAAAUGGUUUUGCUGAACAAUCUCUUAGUUUAUUCGAAGAAAUGGAAAGAACUUCAUCUGUUGUUCCUAAUGAGCUGAUGCUUUUAGCAGUUCUGUUUGCUUGUUCUCAUUGUGGGUUAGUUAAUAAAGGAUUAGGGUACUUUAAUUCAAUGGAAAGGGUUUAUGGUGUAAAGCCAAAGGGCAGGCAUUACACCUGCAUAGUAGAUUUGCUGUCUAGAUCAGGGCGCCUCUCUGAAGCAGAAGAAUUUAUUAAAAAUAUGCCAUUCCAACCUGAAGUCAACGCAUGGGCAGCUCUGCUGAGUGGUUGUAAAACAUAUAAAAAUUUGGAAAUAGCAGAAAGAACUGCUAGGAAGCUCUGGGAUUUGGCAGAGAAGAACUCUGCUGGUUAUGUUUUAUUAUCCAAUAUUUAUGCUUUGGCUGGGAAAUGGUUUGAUGUUUUAAAUACAAGGAAAUUAAUGAGGGAGAAAGGAUUGAAGAAGAAUGGUGGCUGCAGUUGGAUUGAGUUGAGGAAUCAUGUCCAUUCUUUUUAUUCUGAAGAUGGAACCCACUCCCAGUCAACUGAGAUUUGCAGAAUUUUGGAAAUAAUAAGGUUUGAAAUGCUGGUUUUUGAGGAUCACCAGAUGUUCUUUACACAGAAAUUGCUGUCAAAAGUUGUAUGGAAGUUGAUGAAAGACAAGGCUGUGAUGCUUGCACAAGGAGGUUUUCUCUUACUAAAGACUUACAAGUAUGUCUGCUUUCUUUUCCCCUGCUUUGCUUUAGAAAGGACAGAGACAUUUCCCAACCAGAAAGCAAAGUUCCCACUGAUGGGCAUAAAAGUAAAUAUGCCGCCCUCUCCGUGGCUCCCAGCCAGACCGCUCCGUACUCGCAACUACUGUCCGCGACGGACAGAGUUCUCCCGCCAAAGGAGCUGCACAAUCCCGUCUAUAUAUCAUCCCCGACCCAUUUCAAAAUUUCGUUCAUCUGCGAACGCUCUCUAUCGCAGCCACGACGAUCGCAACAGGAAGGCAAAAAAGGAGCUUGUUAUAUCAGACACCGGCUUUUUGCUUCCAUUUGUAUGCUCAGAAAUUUGCACUAUCAUGGAUACUUAUUCUCUAAAGUCUGUUUCAGAUUUGCCUACACAUUUCCGUUCAACCUUUAGCUUCAGAUAUUUUAAUUCACUGCAGAGUGAAUGCUUUUCUGCUUGUUUCCUCUCCGAUGUGAACAUGGUAAUUUCAGCACCAACGGGAAGUGGUAAAACAGUGCUUUUUGAGCUUUGCAUUUUAAGGCUUCUCUCAAGGUUCAUCUCAGAGGAGGGGCGAUUCAUCCAUGUAAUGGGAACCCUCAAAACAAUCUAUGUAGCCCCAUCUAAAGCUUUAGUACAAGAGAAGCUCCGUGACUGGAACCAGAAACUUGGGUCAUGGGGCAUAAAUUGCUUGGAGCUGACGGGUGACAAUGAAGGUUACAACAUAAGAAACAUACAGCAGGCUGACAUUAUUUUAACCACUCCUGAGAAAUUUGAUGCAGUGACUCGGUAUCGUAUAAAAGAUGGUGGGUUGAGCUUUUUCAGUGAUAUAGCCCUUGUACUCAUUGAUGAAGUUCACCUGUUAAAUGAGACCCGUGGAGCAGCUCUGGAGGCAAUAGUUAGCAGAAUAAAAAUGCUGUCUCGGAAACCUGAAAUGAAAUCAAGUCCUCUGGCUCAUGUUCGUUUCUUAGCUGUUUCUGCCACCAUCCCAAAUAUUGAGGACCUUGCAGAAUGGCUUACAGUACCUGUCCAAGGAAUGAAAAGGUUUGGAGAAGAGAUGAGACCUGUAAAGUUGACUACCAAAGUUUUUGGAUACACUCCAGCAAAAAAUGAUUUUCUCUUUGAAAAGCGUCUUCAAAACUAUAUAUUUGAUAUUCUUAUGCAAUAUUCUAGAGGAAAAUCUGCCCUGGUUUUCUGUUCAACUAGAAAAGGUGCUCAGGAAGCAGCGCAGCGACUCUCCCAGAUAGCCAUGACCUAUGGUUAUUCAAAUCCAUUUAUCAAAAGCAGAGAACAACAGGAGAGGUUAAGGGAAGCUUCGCUCUCUUGCAGUGACAAACAAAUGCAAUCAUAUGUCCUAUAUGGAGUUGGUUAUCACAAUGGUGGGCUCUGCCUGAAGGAUCGCAAUCUCAUUGAAAGCCUCUUUCUUAAUGGCGAUAUUCAAAUUCUGUGCACCACAAACACUCUUGCUCAUGGGAUAAACCUACCUGCACAUACUGUAGUGAUCAAAUCAACACAGUACUUCAACAAGGAGAAAGGCCUCUAUAUGGAAUAUGAUCGAUCCAUGAUAUUACAGAUGUGCGGGAGGGCAGGCCGUCCACCAUUUGAUGAUACAGGAAUGGUUGUAGUCAUGACUAGAAGAGAAACAGUCCAUUUGUAUGAGAAUCUCUUGAAUGGAUGCGAAAUGGUGGAAUCGCAAUUGCUUUCUUGCGUGACGGAGCAUCUAACUGCAGAGAUAGUUCAACUAACAAUCUCUGAUAUUACGCGGGCAAUCGAAUGGAUGAAGUUCUCCUAUUUGUAUGUCAGAAUGAAGAAGAAUCCCGAGAAUUAUGCUGUUAAAAAAGGGAUCCCUAGGGAUCGCAUAGAGAAGCACAUGCAAGAGAUUUGUGUUCAGAAGAUUAAUGAAUUAUCACAGCAUCAAAUGAUCUGGACUGAUGAUGAUGGUUUUGUCCUGAAGCCACUUGAGCCUGGAAGGUUGAUGACAAAGUAUUAUUUGAAGUUUGAUACAAUGAAACACAUUAUGCAGACUCCUGUUAACUGCAGUUUGGAGGAUGCACUUCAUAUAAUAUGUCAUGCAGAGGAAACUGCCUGGAUACAGCUCAGACGCAAUGAGAAGAAGCUUCUAAAUGACAUAAACACUGAUAAAGAUGGCCGUCUUCGCUUUCACAUCCUUGCAGAAAAAGGGAAAAGGAAAAAACGUAUUCAAAGCAGAGAAGAAAAGAUAUUUGUUUUGGUGAACGACUGCUUAACCGGUGAUCCUUUGAUACACGAUUUAUCCCUGACCCAGGAUAUGAAUUCUAUAUGCUCAAAUGGGUGUAGAAUUGCAAAGUGCAUGAAAGAGUACUUCAUUUACAGAAAGAACUACAGAGGAGUUUUGAGUUCCUCCCUUCUGGCCAAAUCUUUAUAUCAAAAGCUCUGGGAUAAUAGUCCAUACCUGCUGAAACAGUUGCCUGGAAUCGGAAUGGUGACUGCGAAGGCACUACAUUCAAUGGGAAUUGUCUCAUUUGAGACCCUUGCUGAAGCCGAUCCAAGGAGGAUAGAGAUAGUCACUGGUCGGAAAUACCCAUUUGGAAAUCAUAUUAAGGAGUCUAUCAUGUCACUACCACAGAAGGUUGAGAUAAAACUUGAAGAAAUUGAAUGUGAGAGGCCAGGAAAGUGGAAGAUAUUAAUGACAUUGACAAGGCUAUCGCAAUCAAUGCAAUCAGCAAAACGGCAUUAUGCUGAUAUGGUUGUUGGUUCAGAAGAGGAUAACCUGAUUCUCUUUCAUGAGAAAAUAAGAGUGGAUGAGUUUCCCAGCCCCUACCGUUCGACAAUUCUCCUCUCACAUCAGCCACAGGGAAAGCAUACCGUUAAAGCUGAUCUGAUUUUUGAAGAUUACAUUGGAAUUGAUCUCCAUGAAGAACUUCUAUUGAUCAAGGAAAUCAAUUCAAAUAUGAUUCGUGCGCACAGAAGUGAGCUGCUUUCCUCUUUUCCUCCACCUGAGGAAGUACAUGUCAUAGAAGAUGACAAUGAAAAGAUGCCUCGAGUACCAGCUGAAGAGCUCUACGUUACAAACAAGGCUGAAAAAGAGAUGGGUUCCAUGCCCAGCUUUGACCUUCUAAAUGAUGAGUUUGAACAAGUCAUGGAAGGUGAAGCAGCUGCUGAAACUGAAAAGGACGAUUGCAAAAUCAUAACUGAGAAGACAAUAUUUGAACACAUUCGUGAAAAAGCCAAGAGCUUUCCGCUCUUAGGCACAUCCAAUAAUGCUUACUCUCCGUCAUCAGAGGCUUUGACUAUCACAAGAAAGCACGCACGUGAGGAUCGGCUUGAACUUCAUAAUGCCAUCGAAGCAAGAGAGCUGGAGCAGAGUAGGACUCCGAGACACUGUAUCACAACCCAAAGGCCUGGUGCUGUCAACCUCAUGGAUGACACAGGUGAUAAUCCUCCUGCACCAGAACAGAGAGCACUUGGAAUUUUUACUCAAAACACAAUAUUUGAUCACAUUCGCAAAAAAGCCAAGAACUUUCCACUGUUUAAUAGAUCAAGUACUGUGGAGCCUGAUCGCUUCAUAGAGUAUCAACCUGAGUUUUUUUGCGGAUCCUUUGACAUUUCGGAAGACGAGAAUACAAAUGAAGUCCCAAGAGAUAAUACCAUAAUCAUUUCAGAUUCAAAAUCAGAAGAGAUGGAAAAUGAUGCACAGAACGCCAAGGCAGGCGUGGAGAUCAUUGACAAUGUGUUCUCUGGGUUUUCGGGCGGCAUUCAUGGAAACUUGGAUCUUUCUCUGAAAACUCCUAGUACAACUACCAAGCUAACAUCAGUUGAAAUGCAAUCUUAUGAUUUUCCCUCGGGAAAGAAUGACCGGUUGACAGAUCAACAUAGUUCAGUAGAAAAGCAGCCUUGCUCUCCUCUUGGACUGAGAAGGCAGUGGUGUUCAUUGGCAAUAGCAGGUGAAAAGAAGGAAGAAGAUUCGUUCCUCGGGUUUAGAAGCAUAUUUUCAUUUCUCUGAUUGCUCUUCUGUUGUACAUGGUAGAUUACAGAAACAUCAAUGCAAUCUCACGCUUGAUGCUACAUUUGCCUAGACGCUAUCAACAUAGAUGCAAAAAUUGUUUUGUAAAAGCCUCUUUUCUCUUCUCUAUAACCAUAAGGGAAUAUUUUUCUUUUUCUUUUUUUCCUCUCCAGUUGUAUAACAAACUGAGAUUCCCUCUUUGCUAUAUAAAUACAUGAAAAAUACAAAUAAAAUAUAUGAGAGAAAAUUACA